AUGGAAUUCGUGGCCAUAGCUGAGCUGGUCAGCUACGCUCCUGUGUUUAAAGACUUUCUCUACAAGGGCUUAGAACAGCUGUUUCAUGACAACAUCACGGUUCUAAGUGUGUCUGAUGUUAAAGCAGCUGUAAAAGAGGCCAUUCAGAUGCAGAAGGAUUUCCCAGAGUUUGUUGCAGGAUUCGACCUGGUGAGAAUUCUUUUGAGGGGUAGAACCAAUCAUUAUGCCCACUCAUUACUGAAAAUACCUGAAGAGUUUGGAGUCACGCUGCCAUACUUCUUUCAUGCAGGAGAGACUGACCAUGAGGACACUGAAGUGGAUGAAAGCAUUCUGGAUGCCCUACUGUUCAACACCACACGUAUUGGGAAUGGUUGUGACAAUGGGUAUGCCUUGGCACACCACCCACUGGCAAAGGGGCGCUCCAGGAAAGACAACGUGGCCGUGGAAGUAUUCCCCAUCUCAAACCAGGUGCUGAAGCUGGUUUCCGACCUAAGGAACCACCCUGCAGCUGUGCUGAUGUGAGGCCACCCCAUGGUGGUCAGCUCUGAUGACCCAUCCCUGUUUGGGAACACUGGGCUUUCCUAUGACUUCUAUGAGGUGUUUGUGGUCAUCGGUGGCUUGAGGGCUAACCUGGGCACUCUCAAGGAGCUGGCCAUCAUCUCCAUAAGAUAUAGCUCACUGCCAUCACAGUUGAAGGAGAGAGGGCUGGCCAUGUGGCGGAGGCUGUGGGAUAAAUUCAUCUCUGAGAACUCAUACAGUAAUCCCUGAGCAGUCGAGGACGGGACUUCUUCAAAACUACACUGAUGUCAACUCAGCUCUAUAUGAUGUCAAUGCAGAAACAUUUUCUAUAACCCUCUUUGGUUAAAAUCUACAGUGAAUCAAUAACAAACUACAAAUGAGUGUAAAUACAGGAAUCAUAUUUAUUCUUUCUUUGCUUAAUAGCAUUUCACAUUAUGUGAAGGAUGUAAAUCUGUCCCCAUGAAGCUAUGUACAAACAACAGCUCACUAAGAUCACACAGUCAUCUCACUGCUGACCACCGAUCGGCUUUUCAAAGCAUGAUGAUAACUCCUACAGUCCUGCUGUAUUGUCUCUGGUACAGUAGGCCUAACUAUCUCAGUGUAUCAGAAGUCUUUUAUCACAUUCCGUAUUAACCAGUGCUGCCCACUGCACUCCUGAAUGAUGAGCUGGUAGAAAGUGUCCUCCCCUGGGGCAAUCUCCAGACAUCUCUUUGUCUGUCUGUUCUGGAUGGCUUUUCCCUGUAAAACACAGCAAACAUUCCACUGUACAACAUCACACUAAAGUCAAAGACAUCUCCCAUGUU